CGGGAGUGGAUUUCCUCUUGUGACUCAAUUGUUUUAUAGCUCGUUCUCUCAUCAUAAAGACUGAUUAUACGUAUCAUUUUCAUUUUCUAUUGUAUUUGUCGUUGACCAGUCAGCAUUAUUGUCAAGAUCCAUCAUCAUCAGGCCUGCUUUACAUCAGAUAUGAUGGCACAUGUUGUUUUUCCAUCACUAAAACAGGUUCUACUUUUCUAGUAAUCAUCGAUGAUCGAAUUGUGUCGCAUCAAACUAUAAAGCAUUUCGGAAAAAUUUUCUGUUGGGAAAAUCUGGCGAAGUCGGUUCCAAUGGUUAUUCUAUAUUAAAAUGUGAAAUUUAAAUUCAGAACUCUAUCCAAGAAAGGCCGAAAAGUAUUCUUUGAUCGAUAUUAUCAAGAAAUAAUGUUUUCAAAAUUGCACAUUUGAUGAUUUAGAUAAACAAAAAUUAACAAAUCUCCUUGAACAUUUAUCAAAUAUUCUUUGGAUUCUUGAUGGAUGCGAUGAACGAACAGUUCCAAGAUAUUUACAUUCGAUUGAACAAGAAUUAUUAGCUAAACUCCGUCUGCUUCUAACAUCUCGAUCAUAUGAAACACAUGAUUUUCAAUAUGAUGCUCAAAUUCAAAUUCAAAGUUUUGGAGAUGAAGAUAUUGAAAAAUGUAUAUCCAACUAUUUUUCGCUCACACUUCGAUCUAAAGGCAGCGCAUGUUAG